GCAUUCUUUGGUCUUAGGGUCCGUUCAAUGACCAUCCAGUGACCAUCCGCAACUGCACUGACAAGGAGGUGGUGCACCCUCACGCCAGUUUCGGCCAGUUCGUACAAUGGUACGCCGAAAUCUAUAACUCUUCUGGGAAAACACUUGUUCGAACCAAUUUUACAUUGUUAAAAACGAUGGAAACUGUCAAGGCAAGAGUACGAUCCUUCUUUUGGGAAGAUAACCAGUGGAGACUACGAUUGUAUAUACCAGGAUUCGGCUGUUACAGAGCUAUUGGUCGAUACAUCAUCCAGGCUUUUAGCGUUAAUGUGGAUAGCCGAUGUACUGUUACUAAGGGUUCAUAUACUAUUGACCGAUUCGACUACAACGCUCUGCACCAAGUUUGGGAGCCCGAGACGGAAUACGGCCGGUGGACGUGGAUAUUUGAAAUCACUUCUAGAGGAAGAACGCUGUUCUGCCUCGCCGUGGAAUCCGUAUCUGUUCCAAGAAAAUUUAAGCAGAAACAAUCACCAACUAAAAUCAGGAGAAAUCUUCUCUAGGGGAAAGAAGAAUAUGUUAUACCUAC